AUGUACCGGCAGAUCGUAGUGCAUCCAGACGACCGGUACCUGCAACGAAUCCUAUGGACAGAAGGCAAGCAAGCGACUGACUAUUGCUUGAAUACGGUUACCUACGGCCUGGCAAGAGCACCUUACCUCGCCCUCCGCGUAUUGCGCCAGCUUGCGAGCGACGAGUCUAACCGCUUCCCGCUGGGCGCGGAGGUACUUAAGCGGGACGUUUACAUGGAUGACAUCCUCGGCGGAGCCGCCACUCUGGAGACCUGUCGGCAACUCAGGCAUCAGGUAUCUAUGCUAUGCACGGCGGGCGGCUUCCCACUGAGGAAGUGGGCCGCAAAUCGCGCUUCACUCCUUGCGGACGUCCCCCCAGCUCAUCAGCUGCGUUCGACGGACGCGUUGCUGCCGACAGCGGAACACUCGGUGCUGGGCUUGCGCUGGAGCCCGGAGGACGAUCACUUGUCCUUGACGGUCCGGCGAUCGGACAACGCCGCUCCAACAAAGCGCACGAUUCUGUCUCAGACAGCGCGGCUUUUUGACCCUCUAGGUUGGCUGGCACCGAUCGUCGUCAGGGCGAAGCUCCUCAUCCAGACUACGUGGCUGCAACAACUGGACUGGGAUGCCCCUCUGGCCACGGAGGAGGCUGCCGCUUGGGCCAGACUGGAGGAGGAGCUCCCGAUCCUGGAGGGAAUUAAGAUUCCGCGCUGGUUCCACUGCAAUGCCUCUGCCGACACCGUCGAGAUCCACGGCUUCUCGGAUGCCUCCGAGCGAGCCUGCGCGGCCGUCGUCUACUUGCGCGUCGUUAACGCCGGCGAAGCCUGCAUCUCGAUCGUGAUGGCAAAGACGAAAGUAGCUCCCCUCAAGCGGGUCUCCUUGCCGAGGCUGGAGCUCUGCGCCGCGUCUCUGUUGGCGAAGCUGAUCGGGCACCUACAGACGUCGCUCGAGAUGAACGCGGUUCCCACGUUCUUGUGGACGGACUCCACCGUCACGUUGGCCUGGAUUCGUGGCCAUCCUGCCAAGUGGACGACCUACGUGGCAAACAGGGUAGCGGAGAUCCAGCGGUCAACAGGAGACGCGAUGUGGAGACACGUACCGGGGGCAGAGAAUCCGGCGGACUGUGCGUCCCGAGGGAUUUCGCCGCGAGAGCUGUCGGAGCACCCCCUGUGGUGGCAGGGGCCGGGCUUCCUCAGGGGAGAUCCAACCUCAUGGCCGAAGGAUCCCAGCUUGCCGGAGCAAGCCGACCUGCCCGAGCAACGCACCGUCCGGUGCCUCGUAGUCGCCGAGGUGGAGGAACCCGAGGA